AUGGCAGAAGUCCAAAGCCGCGGAAGCGGCACCAGAGGUCGCGGCGGAUUUAGAGGUGGCAGAGGCGGUUUCCGUGGCACUCGCAACCCUUCGAGAUCACAACACAAACCAGAUCACGAGCAAGAGAACAUUCCUCCUGCAACGCUAGAAGAUCAAGGCGAGGUCGGGGAACUGCUCAAAAAGUUCGGUGACAAAGUCCCUCUUCUCAAAGAAAUCUGUCCUGGUUGGAGCGAUGAAGAUCUGGUCUAUGCCUUGAACGAGACCGACGGCGAUGUUAAUGCUGCGGUUGACCGCAUUUCAAGUGGUAAGAGAGCUAACAGCUUCGUUGCCAUCCUCGAAUGUGCUAACAAUCUCGCUUCAGGUACCAUCUCACAAUGGGGUGAGGUCAAGAAGAAACACCCAAAGCCCAAGGAAAUUCCUCCUUCAUCGACCGACGCUUCUACUCGGGGUCGUGGCCGUGGUAGCUUUGAGGGUCGAGGAAGAGGUCGCGGUGCUGAACGCGGUGCGAGGGGUGGCCGGGGUGCAAAAUCUGUCUCUGCUACACACACGAAUGGUACAAAGGCCGCGCAGACAACUGAUGGCUUGGACUCUGUCACUUCUGCUGUGGCAGACGGUGCUCCGGCGACAUUCGACAACGCUCCUACAAAUGGCGAUGCGAUUGCGCCGGCGCCAGAGAGUUGGCCAAAUGAACCUGGAAAAGAUUCACUCGCUUCUUUGCAAACCGAAGAGCCCAAACCCGCUUCAGCUGCAGCACCUGCUGCCGCCAAACCCGGCGGCUGGGCUGGAUUGUUUGCUAAACCUGCUCCUGCUCCCGCUCCCAAGAAGGCUCCUGCUCCACCCCCUCCUGCUGUUGCGCAACACGAACAGGUACCGGUUGAGCCGGAGCCAGCAACUGAAGAGCCUGCACCUCCUGCUGAGCCUAUCGCCCCGCCCCCGAUCGAAGCGGUGGAUUACAACGAAGAAGGACCAAGUGAGCUGCCAUCCGCGCCGCAUUCGGAUACAGGAAAAGAUCUAACACCGCCUAAAGAUAAACUCACAGAACGGAAUCUGGAGAAGCUGCCAGACACGUCUCAUCCUAUCGAAUCUGCCACCGCUGCUAGCACCGUCGCAAGCACCCAAGAUCCACUUGCCGCUCCGGAACCCUCUAAGAUCGCCGCUCGACCAAUAUCUGGAUACGCUGCUACCGCUUUGAAAGCCACUGGAGGCACAAGUCGAUCUGCAAGCUUCGCGAGAAAGGUCAUGGAACAACAGGAAGCAGUAGUUAUGCCAGGAAAUCACGCUAUUGAGAAGGCAGCUGUACAGUUUGGCAAGCUGGGGCUGAACGGACCGGAUGACGUGGAUGUCGACGAAGAUCGAGAAGAGCCAGAGACACGUACUCAACUUCCGGACGAUUCCCCUGCUGCCCCUCGUGCAUCCUUGCCUCCAGCCGUGCCUGAAGCCCAGCAAACACCCGUGCAAGCUCCAACCCAACCGUUGGCUGAGGCUCCAUCGACUGCUCAGCGACAAGCAUCUGGUCUACCUUCCGCUCCCCAACCGGCCCACGAACCAUCGCCCCAGACCUCUUCGGCGUAUUCAGAGCAGUACAGAUACGGGCAGGGCCAGAAAACUUUCGAUCCUUUCGGUCAACCUCCAACCACCCAAGCCCAAACCCAAGAACCGUUUUCCAACCAAGUUCCAAGCCAACCCAGCACUGCCACCUCUCAACCGGACUACUCAUCUUACUACAAUCGGGAAGCUUACAAUUACUAUGGCUAUGGUCAUGGGCAAGAUGCUCAGCGUUCUGGCAGCACUUUCGGUACUUCAGCUCCGGAUAGCCAAGGGCAAUAUGCCACCUCACGUCCCCAACAUGCAAUGGGUCAACAGGAAGCGCAGGGCAGUGGUCAAAAUACGCCGGCGCCUGGUAUUCCCGGACCUCCCACUCAACAACCCUCUGGUCACAUGCAGCAAAAUCAAGGUCAUGGAUACCCCGGUUAUGGUUACCCGAGUGCAUACAAUCAGCAGUAUCCCCAGUAUGGUGCCAAUUACAUGGGCACCAUAAAUCACCGUUACGGAGCUAAUCGGCCGAUGUUUGAUGAUGUUCGACGUCAGGAGACUGAAUACUAUGGUAGUCAAUACAACUAUGGACAAAAUCACUAUGGCAACACGUACAAGUCGAACAUGUAUGGACAACCUCAGCAAGGCUACUCCUAUGAGCACUCGUCGUCCCCAGCGAAUGUCAGCGGCUUUGGGCGAGAGGGAGGUUAUGGUCGAGCAGGGUCGGCUCAGCCUUCUGAGGCUCAGCAGAGUGCUGCGGGCAGCACCGGCUUUGGUGGGAUGCCUGACCCCUUCGGACGCUCAUCCUCGAGUUUUGGACAGGCUCAAGGCUUGGCUCAACAGCAUGGGGCUCAUUCCGAGGAUCCGGCUAAAGGGUCCGGACCAAGUCCCUCGAUGCAGGGUGGCCGCCCUGGGUCUGCCGUGAACAGUUUCCCUGGUCAGCAAGGUGGUCUGCCUCCUCCAUCACAGCAUUCGGGCCAACAGGCUUUCGGCGCCUAUCCUCAGUACGCAGGUGGAUUGGGCAGUGGCCACCAAAACACUCAUCAGAACACGGGAUACGGCGGGUAUGGCUCGAAUACUGGCUUCGGUACAUAUGGCGGAUACGGUGGCGGCCGCGGCUGGAACGGCAGCUAUGGUUCUGGCCAUUAG